UUCCAGCCGGAGCUGGUGUGCGGGCGGAGCCGCUCCCCCAUUCCUGGCGCCAUGUUCUCGGGGCUGCAGGAGCUUGGCAUCGCGAGCGGAGACGAUCUGAAGGAAACUCUAACCAACUGCACCGAACCGCUGAAAGCCAUCGACCAGUUCCAGAUUGAAAAUGGAAUCUUGCUGCCAUCCCUGCAAUCAGCUUUACCUUUCUUGGACCUGCACAGCAUUCCCAGGUUGGAAUUCCACCAGUCUGUAUUUGAUGAACUACGAGAAAAACUGCUGGAUAAGGUUGCCACCAUAGCAUCAGAGGGAAAAGACGGAGACAGGUAUAACAAACUAGAAGAUCUCCUGGGGAAAUGUUUUCCAUUGGUUAAAGUUCCAUCAAUACAACCCGUUGUAAUGUGUGUAAUGAAACACUUACCUAAGGUACCAGAAGAGAAGUUAAAGCUGGUGAUGGCAGAUAAGGAGCUGUACAAAAUCUGUGCCACCGAAGUGAAACGUCAGAUCUGGCAGGAUAACCAGGCAUUGUUUGGAGAUGAGGUCUCCCCAUUGUUGAAACAGUAUAUUGUUGAGAAAGAAAAUUCCCUCUUCAGCAGUGAGCUGUCGGUCCUGCACAACUUCUUCUCAGCAUCCCCGAAAAACAGGCGCCAAGGAGAGGUUGUCCAGAAAUUAACCAACAUGAUUGGGAAAAAUGUGAAGUUGUAUGACAUGGUUCUCCAGUUUCUGCGCACUCUGUUCCUGCGGACAAGAAACGUCCAUUAUUGCACUCUGCGGGCAGAACUUCUGAUGUCUUUGCACGACCUAGAUAUCAGUGAAAUAUGCUCUGUGGAUCCUUGCCACAAGUUUACCUGGUGUCUGGAUGCUUGCAUUCGAGAGAGAUUUGUAGAUGCAAAGAGAGCUCGAGAAUUGCAAGGUUUCUUGGAUGGAGUUAAGAAGGGACAGGAGCAGGUGUUAGGUGACCUCUCGAUGAUCCUUUGCGACCCCUUUGCAAUAAAUACUCUGGCGCUGAGUACUGUGAAAAACCUGCAGGAGUUGGUCAGCCAGGAUGCAUUACCCAGAGACAGUCCAGACCUUCUCCUCCUGCUGCGUAUGCUCUCGCUGGGUCAAGGGGCCUGGGAUAUGAUUGACAGUCAGGUGUUCAAGGAACCAAAAAUGGAGAUAGAACUGAUCACUAAGUUCUUACCCAAUCUGAUGGCAUUUGUGGUAGAUGAUCAUAGUUUCAAUGUGGACCAAAAACUGCCAACUGAGGAGAAGGCUGCAAACUUGUAUCCCACUAGCCUCCCAGAAUCUUUCAUCAAGUUUGUUCUGGAGAAUCGUGUAGCUUGUGAAAUCGCACUGUACUAUGUACUGCAUAUUACGAAACAGAGGAACAAGAAUGCCAUUCUCCGCUUACUACCUUCACUGGUGGAAACCUACAAUGACAUGGCAUUUAGCGAUAUUUUCUUGCACCUAUUUACCAGCCAUUUAACAUUAUUGAUGGAGGAAUUUGCUACAGAGGAAUUCUGUACUGCACUGUUUGAUGGCUUCAUCCUUACAACAUUCUCCAGUAAAGAAAAUGUGCACAGACAUAUCCUUCGACUACUGCUACACCUUCACCAUAAAGUGGUACCUUCAAAAAUGGUUUCAUUGCAAAAGGCACUGGAACCUACCAAACAGAGCGCUGAAGCAGUGAAGGACUUAUAUACUCAACUUACUGAAAAGCUAGAAAGUCUUAAGCAGAGCCCUGUGCAAACAGUGGAGACGCCACCACUGGAACUGCCAUUGAGAACCGUCUCUACACCAGCUGCCAUCUGAUAGUUCCAGCUUACUACUUGGAUUGAAGCAUUAUUGUGUGUUAGUGAUUGACAGGAACCUUUACUGUAAGGUGAAUCAUGAAGCACAGUAGCUACAUUAUCUUUCUGUUGUGUCAUCCCUUAUGCAUAAUCACAAGGUGGUACAUUUGCUCAUUAAAAUUUUUUGUCCCAUUUGUCACAAACUAAAAUUAAAUCAAAUGAACUGUUCCAUUGAGCUGGAGAAUUACAUGUUGGACAGAUAGCUCCGUGAUAAAUAUUUUUAAGAAGCUGCAGAUUAACAUCUUACAAUGGCAUGAACGUAUCAGAGCUGGUCAAAAGUCCAAAUGGCAAACUUCAAAGAUCCUGAAUUACUGAAAGUCAUUAUCAUUGCAAUUCUCUUUGGUGGUAUUUUUCAACUGUUUCUACUAUUAUCGGCAUUUACUCUCCCUUACAAAUAAUAUUUGGUUUACCCUGUCAGGUGUUCACAGCCCAGAAGAGUAAUUAAUUUAACGGCCAGAGGAAUGUAUUCUCAAUAUAUUUGUCAGUGAAAAUAUUGAUUCAGGAUCUUGAACUUUUAAAACAUAGUUUUUAAAAAGGAACCAUUCAGACAUUUUGUUUUAAAGAGUAUUGGUGACAGGAGCCACUUUCAGGAUCCAGAUCAGUGAAGUCAAAAAUUUUGUGUAUUGUACUGCAAUACAUGGACUUAAUGGUUUAGCAACAGUGGAAUGUUGAACAAAUAAGUGUAAAUGUGUUUAUUUCAACACGAAUAACGGAAAAAAUGGUUCAUUUCUUAUUUAAUUAAGCAACAAGAUAGGUGCAAAAACUUUGUAACACUUUUUUUGUAAAAUAAAGUUGAAAUUUUGACAUUC